AUGAACCCACACGAAAGCCCUGGCCCAGAGCAACAAACUACAGCCAAUACCGAUGGGAUUAGCGAAUCAAAGCCCUCGGCAUCCCAGCUAGAGAACAUAGAGGAGGCAGACCUCCAAAAGUACAAGCUUUCCAAGAGUGGAGGCGAUGUUGCCUUGGCACUCUUCGACAACGUGGACGGGAUCCACGACCCUAUCAACCCCGAAGAGGACCGGAUGCUCGUCCGCAAAGUUGAUUGGAUGAUUCUCCCUUACAUUUCAGUCUGCUACGCCUUCUUCUACGAUGAAAGUAUGUGGUACACCCGGCGCGAACAACCCAUCAAAAUUGGCCUGUGGUACACUGCCAACGGCAUCGGUAUCGCCCUCGGGGGCCUACUCGGCUACGGCAUCGGCAGCAUCAAGGGUGCUCUGGCAUCAUGGAAGUACGAGUUCAUCAUCGUCGGCGCCCUCUGCUGCGCCUGGGGCAUUGUCAUCGCCGUCUUCCUCCCGGAUAACCCCAUCACGAGCAAGGCACUCUCGCAGCGCGAGAAGAAGAUCGUGAUUGAGCGGCUGAGGGAGAACCAGACCGGCGUCGAGAACAAGACGUUGAAGCUGUACCAGGUCAGGGAGGCCUUCACCGACUUCAAGCUGUACUUCUUCUUCAUGAUUGCGCUGCUCCAGGCCAUCGUGAACGGGGGCACGUCGAACUUUGGGACGUUGAUUAUCAAGGGGUUCAACUUUUCUACGCUCAUCACAGCCGUUCUCCAGGUCCCCUACGGCGUCCUCAUUUUCAUUGCCAUCCUAGUCUGCGUGUUCAUCAACAACAGACUUCCUCCCAACAAUCGAUGCUUCAUGCUGGUCGUGUUCUUGCUGCCCAAUGUCGUGGGUGCAUUUGGACUACGAUUCGUGCCCGACGACCAGCAAGUCGGGAGACUUAUCUGCUACUACGUGAGUUCUUAUCACUUCAGCAUCCAGUCCAGUGGAGUUUCCCGCGGUAAAAAGCUUAUUGUGAUUUUCCAGUUGACCGGGUCCAUCAACGCUUCAUUCGUGCUGCUCCUCUCACUCCAAACGGCAAACAUUGCGGGACACACCAAAAAGGUUGUCACGUCGGCAUGCCUCUUCCUUGGCUACUGCGUCGGGAACAUUGCCGGUCCCUUCUUUUACAAGUCCGAUCAGACGCCCAAGUAUGAGCUUGGCAUCUGGAGCAUGAUUGUUGCACAUCUGCUUGAAGUUGUCAUCGUCAUUGCACUGCGCUUCCUGUUAAAGUGGGAGAAUGAGCGGCGCGAUCGGGCGCAGGGUGAAGUUGCCGAAGUGGACUUGGAUGCAACUGCGUUUGGGGACUUGACGGAUCAGGAGAACAUGAACUUUAGGUACAUCUAUUAA